CACAUGGAAGCUUUAGGGAACGCGGAUCCAAAACAAGAGAGAGAGGAGAAUCAUAUGGAAAGCGCCCAAUCGAGAGAGAGAGAGAGAGAGAGAGAGAGAGAGAGAGAGAGAGGGUAUAGUCUUGCUUCGCGGCUUCCAAAUUUAUCCACUCUAUCUUCAAUCUCAAGAGGCGUUUGUUUCAACAAAAAAAUCAAUUUUUAAUCCUCCUUGUAUACCUCCAUUUGUUAAACUAAAUUCUAUUCGCCAUGGAUUGAUAUCGGAGUUGAAAUCCUUUACUUUUCCAGUUUAAAUCCCCAAGAAUGAAAUUGUAGUGUCAAGAGACUGAAAGAUUGAUUUUUAAAGGCGGUCUUGUACCGUGAAGUGAAAUGGGCGCAAACUAUUGCACGAUAGAUGGGAAUUUCAGAGGAAGUUAGAAAGAGAUAAAAACAAUGAUUAAAAUGUACAUAUUUAAGUAUAAGUUGAAAAAUGCAAGGACAGUAAUGGAAUUAGUUUCUUCCAUGUUGGCUAGUUACGAAUUUACCUUUAGCGAAAAAUAAGGAGAGAGCAAUAAUUUUAGAAUUGAGAAACUACAUGAAAUUUUGCUAUGAAAAUUGCAGAAUCAAGCACCAUAAAAAAUACAUACCGUAAACUUAGUGCGCUUGCUAAUCAUGAUGAAUACAUCCGCGAUUUUCAGAGUUUCACUUUGUGUAUGUUUUCUAUUAAAAAAGAUACAAAAAGUUUGUUCAUUGUAACUGGUUUCAAUUGUUGUCUUUGUUUGAAGAGACUCCGGUUCAAAUCUUGAUAUUAAUAUUUUUUAUAUGAAAUAAAUAAUUAAUUGUAAAGACAAAAAUAUCCUUCCUAUUUUUACUCUUGUUGUAGGAAAUUUAAAAUAGAAAAAAGUAGACAAAACUCUACUCUAUAUUAUUGGAGGAUGAUUACGAAUGGCCCGGGAAAUUUACGAGGACUAGGCCCAAAUGCUUGAAAACCCCCCAAGCCCACGUGAAAAAUCAUUUUUCGUUAGUUUCCAAAGAGGGAGAAAAGGAUAAAAAUAAUUCAAUGAAGCUAUCUUCUCUCCAGUCUCCACUUACCCUUCACGUCAACGAGUGCACCGUUAAUAUAACAGCACCAUCCAAAAGGAGCCCCGUCUUCCUCUCUCUCUCUCUCUCUCUCUCUACAUAUCCACAUCCUUUCCCACUUUCUCUCUCUAACCCGCCCAAGAGAUUUCUUCCCUCCCAGCUUGAAACGUUGCUUUCCCUUCACUUCAUUUUCCUCCUCCAAAUCUUCUCCACAGCCACAGAACAGAGACGAGAACUCCGUCGCCGCUGCCCGGCGACUCCGACCUCCCUCGAACACCGCCGGCGGGCCGUAAAGCCGUUUAGCGAGCCCGAACUGCGAAUUGAACUCCAGUGGAGUGGUGGCUCUUUUAGUAAUUUUUUUUAAACAGAGUUGACUCAUUGUAAUGGAGCCGCUAUCAGGACCCGGAGCUAGAUCCGGCCCGACCGCCGACGAGACGGCGCUCGACUCCGUCCAAUUCGGCGACGACAUCCGGCACUUAAUCUCCGUCCCGACGGAGAACGCGAGCUCCUUCACCGCUCUCCUCGAAUUGCCGCCCAAUCAGGCCGUGGAGCUUCUCCACCACCGCUCCCCUCAGUCGACCCGACCCGAUUCCCGCCACCCGCCGCCUCAGCACUUCAAUGCCGGAUUGGUCACCUUCCCGACCAACGCCGCCUUGAUUGAGCGCGCCGCCAAGUUCUCCGUCUUCGCCGCCGAGGAGGAGUUGAACAACGGCAGCAACGCGAUUACCUCGCCGGAGGCCAACUCGGCGCCGUCGAGUUCCAGCGCGAAUCUCCAGAAGGUCGUCAAGGCCGAGCCCGCCGAGGCCGCGUCUUGCCCGACGGUCGCCGCCAAGGACGAGAAUCAGAGGCCGAGCUCCAAGAGGAAGGAGCGGGAGAAGAAGGGAAAAGCUUCCUCGAAGAAGAGCAAAAGCGCUGCAAACGAGGAUUCCGAGCAGCUGCCGUACGUUCACGUCCGAGCUCGCCGCGGUCAAGCUACCGAUAGCCACAGCUUGGCAGAGAGAGCGAGGAGAGAGAAGAUUAAUGCGAGGAUGAAGCUGCUCCAAGAGCUGGUCCCGGGCUGCAACAAGAUCUCUGGUACAGCACUUGUACUGGAUGAAAUCAUCAAUCAUGUCCAGACCUUGCAACAGCAAGUGGAGGUCUUGUCAAUGAAACUUGCAGCGGUGAACCCAAGACUAGAUUUCAAUUUGGACAAUAUGUUGCCUGCAGAUAGUGGAUCUCUAAUGGAUAGCAACUUCCCAGCUAUGAUGAUGCCGGUAAUGUGGCCAGAAGUGCAACCAAAUGGGAUCAGGCAGCAAUAUCACCAGCCGCUAUGGAACUUCGAUGUGGUUCCCCAGCCUCAUGCAGGAGGCUGGGGAAGAGAAGAUGGCCACAACUUCAUGACUCCAGAAAACUCCCUCUUGAGUUACGUCUCCCCAGCAAAUUCAGCAUCUCUAAACUCCAGUCAAUCUCAAUUGAAAAUGGAGCUAUGAAGCAGCAGUUAUUGUAGAUGUAAAUAUGAAGCAAGUAUUAGCAGUUAGCAGACAUGGAAGUGAUUAGAGGAGGGACCUCUCUCAAUUAUUGGGGAGUGGUCUUUCUAAUUAUUCAUCUUUGGGGGGCCGACCCCCAAAGAUUUCUCUCUCUCUCUCUCUCUCUCUCUCAAAUCUCAAUUGAAGGGUGAGAAAUUUGGUUGGUGGCUGCAAAGCUAUUUGCCGCUACAAGUUGAUGAUGAUAAUGUUUAGUUGUCUGUUAUAUAUAUAGAAUGUAUUAUUGGAGGAUUAUACCAGCACUCACUAACUUGAAGAAGUCAUUGGAUCAAAUUAUAGUAGGGUCGCUUGAUUUGAUUUGAUUUGAUUUGCGCCGUAUAUAGAUAAGAAAUGUAUUGUAGGAACAUGAUGGAUUAUACUCUGUACUAUCUCUCCCUUUUGAAUUUAAGACUGAAGUUGGACAAAUUUUCCAGUUAUAUUUUUCAAUGGAACAUGUUUCAUUGAAGCUUACUCAGUUUGUUGUUGGUCUGAUGAGUCAAAACAGACUAUCUAGCUAGCUACUCCUUGACAAGCAUGCUGAUGCUGCCUGCAACACUCGUUCAAGGCGUGCUCGCAUCGCAUGGCCUCAGGACUCGCCGUUUUAUCGAUGUCGAAGACCAAAUCUGCACUGAAAGCCGUUUUCUCAGAAAUCCAUUCUGGGACUGGAAGUAGUCCAGCUAGUAACUUGAGCUGCUCUUCCACCUCACCUGCCAUAAACCAAAACCAACCCA